AGUUAUCUGCACUGGAACAUGAGAGAGACAGAAAGAGUGUUUGUGUCUGAAAGGAGAUUGGGACAAUAGAUGGGCCAUUCCUGUCCCGCAUUUGGCUGGAGUCCUGCCAUGAAGCAUGAGCUGGUUAUUGUUUUUACUCACAAAAGUUGCAUUUAAACUGUAUGUGUGGGAAUGUACAGAAGGAUUGAGCAUUAAUCAAGGUGAUGCAGACUUGUGUCCUCAGUUGGACUCUUUCUGUCAGUUGCAGUUGGCAUGAUCAGUGUGACGUUUAUGAAGGUUCCGAUUCUGCCGCUUUUUGUCUGUUGUUUCUCUUGUUUCAAGAACCAUGGCCGUCAUAACAAGAGGACUUCAGGGAAACUGACCAUUUUUGUGGACCAAGAGACCAAAACACACAAUAAAAGGUCUUUUGCUUGGUGAGCACUGCUGUGAGGGGACCAACAUGGAGAACAACGUCACACAGAUCUCUCGAGAAGACCUGGAGGACCUGAAAGAGGCUUUCAACAAAAUUGAUAUUGAUAACAGUGGCUAUGUCAGUGAUUUUGAGCUUCAAGAGCUCUUUCGAGAGGCUAGCUUUCAUAUUCCGGGAUACAUGGUACGGGAGAUUGUGGAGAAAUUCAUUGCUGGUGAUACCAACAAAGACGAGAAGAUCAGCUUUGAAGAGUUUGUUGCGAUAUAUCAGGAGCUCAGAAGUAAGGAAGUGAGAGAGACUUUCCGCAAGUCCAUCUCUAGGCGGGAUGGGAUUCGUUCGUUUGGUGGAACAUCAGGGAUCUCAAGUGAAGGAACACAGCAUUCUUAUUCAGAUGAAGAAAAAGUGGCCUUUGUGAACUGGAUCAAUAAGGCCUUGGCAAAUGAUCCAGACUGCAAACAUCUCAUCCCAAUGGACCCGGAGACUGACAGUCUAUUCAAAUCUGUUAAAGAUGGAAUAUUGUUGUGCAAAAUGAUAAACCUCUCCCAACCAGAUACCAUUGAUGAGCGUGUCAUCAACACGAAGAAACGCACCCCUUUCACCAUGACUGACAAUUUGGUGUUGGCACUGAACUCCGCCUCGGCCAUUGGCUGCACGGUGGUCAACAUUGAUGCUCAGGACAUGAAGGCAGGGACACCUCACCUUGUGCUUGGCCUCCUCUGGCAAAUCAUAAAAAUCGGCCUCUUCGCUGACAUUGAGAUCUCCCGCAAUGAAGCUCUAAUUGCUUUGCUGGAUGAAUCAGAAGACCUGGACCACCUGAUGUCAAUGUCCCCUGAGGAUCUUUUAUUGCGAUGGAUCAACCAUCACCUCAAAGCUGCUGGCUGGCAACCAAUCAGAAACUUCAGUGAUGAUAUCAAGGACUCCAGGGCAUAUUUCCACCUGCUAGAUCAGAUCUCACCAAAAGGAGAGGGGGAUGAUGAGAUGAGGAUUGACAUUGACAUGUCCGGUCUCAAUGAGCGUGAUGAUGAAAUGAGAGCCGAGCUGAUGCUGAGGCAGGCUGCCCGUCUGGACUGCAGACAGUUUGUCACACCACAGGAUGUGGUGGCAGGAAACCAUAAGCUCAACAUGGCCUUUGUGGCCAAUCUUUUCAACAUGUACCCAGCUUUGAACAGACCCACCAGCAAUGGCAUUGAUUAUACAAUUGAGGGGGAAACAAGAGAAGACAGAACAUUCAGAAACUGGAUGAAUUCACUGGGGGUGUCUCCAUAUGUCAACCACUUGUACAGUGAUCUGCAUGAUGGUUUGAUCAUUCUUCAGUUAUAUGAGAGGAUCCAGGUACCUGUCAACUGGGCCAGAGUCAAUAAACCUCCAUAUCCAAUACUGGGCUCCAACAUGAAGAAGCUUGAGAACUGUAAUUAUGCAGUUGCACUGGGUAAAAAGGAAGCAAAGUUUUCCUUAGUGGGAAUUGGUGGUGAGAAUAUCAAUGAAGGAAGCUCCAUGCACACCCUGGCAUUGGUCUGGCAACUUAUGAGAAGGUAUACACUGAAAGUUCUCUCUGACAUCGGAGAAGGGGAAAUAGUCAGUGACCAAAUAAUUGUCAACUGGGUGAAUGACACAUUGAAACAAGGCCGUAAAAACUCAUACAUCAAUGGAUUCAAGGACAAAUCAAUCAGCACUAGCCUGCCAGUGAUCGACCUGAUCGACACCAUCGAGCCCAAAGCCAUCAAAUAUGAGAUGGUGAAGAGUGGAGACAUGACCGCAGAGGACAAGCUAAACAAUGCAAAAUAUGCAAUCUCUGUGGCACGAAAAAUCGGCGCCAAGGUGUAUGCCCUCCCCGAUGACCUUGUGGAAGUCAAACACAAGAUGGUGAUGACAGUGUUUGCAUGUCUUAUGGGAAGAAGCUUGAAGAAAGUAGACGGCUGACCUUUUUGAAGGACAUUUGCUUUUGCACAACACUCACUUUAGCACUUUUUCUUCCGCUAACUUAACUCACCAGCUCUUUGACAUGAUCGCCUUUUCUGUCCAUGAAUAUUUCUUUAAGCCUUGGUCUUUGAUGAAUUUUCCUCCCUUUAAAGACCCCAUGAAGUAGCUUGAUGAGCACAGUUUUUGUCCUGUAUUUCCUAUUGAAAUUAGACGUUAGUGGGACAUAUCGAAGUGGUCGUCCCUUUUUUAAUAGCCAAUAGUCCACUUUUUUAGCUAUUUUUGUUCUUGGUUUUUCUCAUAACUUUUUUUUCCCCAGAGGUAUUUCAUAAAGUACUUCAUAAAAAAGUUCUAAGCCAUGAAACAAACCAACAAGCACAUGAUGUCGUGAAUCACAACAUCACAAAUGUUUUUAAGUAAACAAAGUAUUUGAACUUCGGACAAAAAAUUAAGGUACAAGACACUUUCCAUCUUUCAUGAGGGCGCAAACUACAAUCCCAUGAAGCAUUGCGAAUACAUAAUAAAAAUAUAAAAUUGUUUCAUCUGUUUCAGUUGUUGAAUACAAGUAUAGAAUCAGCAUGUUUUCAGUUUAUUGCAAAAUAUUCAGAUAUAUGUAAGUAGUUUGAGAGUAUAGGGAGACCGAAUCGAUUUGAAAUUCGGCUAUUUAUUGUGAUUUUUUUAACAGAAGCAUAUACCACCGAUUAACAACCACUGAGCUCACAGUAGGUCUGUCUUUAAAGGUUUGUAAGUUAUCAUUAAAAAGCAAUUCCCCUAUGGAAAAAAUGAAUGUGAUUUUUACUUCCAGAACCAGACUGCUGUGCUAUAUUUUUUUAUACACUAGCAUAUACACCGAUCAGCCACAACAUUAAAACCACCUGCGUAAUAUUGUAUAGGUCCCC